AUGAAUAUCUCGAAUGAAGAUGUCAACUCUCUCCUUCCGAGAGAUGAGGCCGCCUUGAAAGCCGUGCUCAAAACGCCAUACGACAGCGUGUACAAGCUUUCGCCUGACGGAAGCACAUAUGUGGAACCAUUUCUUCUCAACGGCACGCCAGUGCGACAGCAAGAACCAGAGGCCGUGAUGAAGGAAGAAGCGCACAAGCGUAUCCAACUCAACCCCAGCAACGACGCGCUCAAGGCACACAAGCACCUUUCGGACAACUCUAGCAAGUUCAAGAAGAUUAGAGAAAUCUUUGGCGAGGGCAGCAAGUAUCAUCCCAAUCAACUCGUCGCCAAGAGAUUUCUUCCUCCACGAGGUUUUUGCCAGAAAGAGCUCAUGUAUCGACUCGUUUGCAAGAUUUCCGACCUUCAGCAUCUAUACAACACCGGAGACCUCGCGAUGGACCCGUUUGACUUCAUCAGAUGGCGCAUCAUCAAGAAGGUGGGCAGCUUGCUUGCCAACCCAUGGGACAAUCCCAAAAGUUUCAUUCGGACUGUCGUCUACAAACUCGCUGAUGACUCGGAACAAACCGGUGCCAAGACGUACCAGGACUCUGUCGUGAGAUAUGCGGUCCUGCUCUCGGCCGCCAAGCGGAACCACUUGGGUAACUACGGCCACAAGGGCAAGAAUCGGAAAAAAACCUUGAAGCAGACGACUCUGCCCUAUGCAGCGGCUGCUCCUCGACCGAGAGUGAAGAUUUCGAGGGAUGAUAUUGUGGACAGUCGCCCCGAAGCUGCUCCAGCUGUGGCUCGACCGGUUCAACGACGUGCCCGACUUGCUGCUGGCCCGCCCAUCUAUGCCGGUGUGAACGCCUAUAGGGCUGGACAGAAGCAGCAACAACGCUCUCAGCAACGCCCCAAGAGAAAUUGA